CAGCACACCGUCGCUCAAGCCCUAGCCAUGCAGUCGACCACCCGCGAGCGUAAGAGCUACUCGCUCCAGAUGGCCAGCGCCCAGCUGGCGAAGCGCCGUCGGGCGACCAACCGGAACCGUGGCGGUCCCGAGCGGAAGGACAACCGGAACCCGAACCGCCCGACCGUUCGCACCGAUCCGAGCCAGCGCCGGCUGCGUAUCGAGGGUCUGGGCGAGAUCAACAUCUCCGAAGCCCGCGACUUCCUACGCACGCGUCAGCGGACGGCCGAGAUCGUCACCUUUGAGCAGGAUCACCUCGGUGUCGACAUUUCCCUCAAGGACCCCGAGCAUUAUUCGCGCUGUCUCAAGCUUUCUCAGACUUGCUUCAAUGGCCGCACCGCCAUUGUCAAGACCAUCUACACUCUCCCCCUGUCACACAUUCUCAUUCUCUCGCGCAUCCUGGUCGAGGCCUGCCUUUCGAAGGACGAGGGCUCCGAUGAUGGUACCAACAAGGUGGACCUUCGCGGCCUCGUGUCCCACCCGGCCAUCGUGGAGAACGACAUCAAGGUGGAUUUCUCCGACUCCCUCUUCGUGACCGCCCUCGCGAAGAUCAUCAACCGCCAGUUCCCGGAUGCCCAAACUCUGCUGAUGGACAACAACAACAUCAAGAACCUCCGCCAGUUCAACAUCCUCUCGCAGUUUGUGCCGAACACCAUCAACCUUUCGUUGUCCGGCAACUUGAUUGGAUCCCUCGAUGAGCUUGGCCACCUGAAGUCUUUCAAGUCUCUGAAGAACCUUCUCUGCUUCAACAAUCCGAUUGCCGUCGAGCCGCCAUCGAAUGAUGCGGUCCUCGACGAGAUCCCCCACCUCCAGACCUUCAACGGCCUGCCGCUGGAGAGCUUCUCCAUUGCUGGCGCCGCGGUCACCGGCACCUCGUUCAAGUUCCCCGAGAACAGCAACUUCAUCCCGGAGGACAACCGGAAGUUCGUCAAUGACUUCCUCACCAACUACUUCUCCACCUACGACAACAACCGCCUUGAGCUCGGGACCUUCUAUUCGGCCGAGGCAUGCGCCUCCAUCUCCGGCGUGCCCCCCUCGCAUUGCCAGGCCGACGGGAACUUCGUCUCGCGCAAUCUUCUCAUGACUUCGAACAGCUCCCACUCUAAGAGCCGCUUUGAUCGCAACGUCGACCUGAUGGUCAUUGGCCGGGAAGCCAUCAUUCGGACGUGGUUCGGGCGCCCGAAGACCGAGCACGACCUGUUCAGCUUCCGCGUUGACGUCACGCCCCUGGACUCGUCGCUUUUCAUCAACAUCCAUGGUGAUGUCGCUGACAUCAGUGACAAGGGCAACAAGGGCUCCGCUCGUAAGGUUCGGUACUCCUUCGAUCGUGUGUUCAUCCUUCAGAGCCUUCCGGAUGGCAUUAAGAUUGUCAACGACAUGCUUUCCCUCCGGAACCUGUCCGGCCGCUUCACCAAGGCCAUGAACGAGACCAACAUCGACAAUGCCCGCAAGGUGGCUCGCCUGCUUGAUGAGUCUUUCGAGUGGUCGCUGGAGUUCUGCCGGAAAUAUGUGGCCAAUGCGCUGGACUGCGCGCAGAUCCUGCUGGAGUUCCGCAACACCACCAACCUGCGUACCGACUUCGCGGCCGAUUGCCUAGAGCGAUCCCAGUGGGACGUGAAGAACGCGAUGGCUCUCUUCGAGCAGCACCGGCCUUCCAUGUUGCCGGAGCAUUUCCGCAUGUAGGUCGGCCUGGCACACCUGCAUGGCUGCGCCUCCAGCACGCAAGGAUGCCCUGACGCGGUGCUCUCCCGGUCCCUGGCUGCUUCCCUCUCCCUGCCCUUUCUCUCGUCUUCUCCUCCUCCCCCCUUCCUGCCUGCCUUCUCUCUUCACAUCGUCCCCCCCUCCUCCUGCCACGCACACACAUCCCCUCGUCCUACCUCCCGCUGGCGACCGUGCGCGCGCGCGCGUGCGUGCGUGC